CUGGGGUAUAAAAUCUCAUAAUCAACCUCACCUCACCAGGAGUAAAACAUUGUUUUCACACCAAUAAUACUGAGAACGAUACCCAGUUCACGAUGACGACCCCCACCCCCUCCCGCGACGACCUCAUAUCCCUCCACGGUUUCACUCCCCUCCCCGUGGACCAGGACGCCAUCUUCCAGGGAAAACCAUUUCUCCACCAACCCACCCCGGUCCCUCUCUCGUCCAUCCCCUAUCCAAGCUCUACUGACCCCUUGGUCGCUAAGGUGCAGGAGUACGCGAAGGAAAAGCUCCCAAUCCAAACCUACAACCACUCCAUGCGGGUUUUCUACUGGUCAACCAUAAUCAUGCAACAGCAAUUCCCCUCCCUCCCCCCCAUCUCGCCCUCCACCAUAGCCCUGACCUGUCUUCUUCACGACAUUGGCACCACCCCCUCCAACCAAUCCUCCACCCUCCUCUCAUUCGAGUUCCAAGGCGGGGUGAUAGCCCUUGACCUCUUAAAAGAACUCAACGGCAACAAGUCGCAAGCAGAAGCCGUAGCAGAAGCCAUAAUCCGACACCAAGACCUCGGCACAGUAGGCACCAUCACAGCCUUGGGACAAAUCCUCCAACUAGCCACAGUCUACGAUAACAUGUCCCUUCGCCCGUAUCUCAUCCACCCAGACACCAAGGCCGAGGUGAACAAGGCUUACCCUAGAAAGGGCUGGAGCGGGUGUUUCUCUGCUGCUAUCGCCAAUGAGAAGAAACUAAAGCCCUGGGGGCAUACCAGCCAUUUGGGGUGGGAGGUUUUUGAGAAUGGGGUUCGGGAGAAUGAGUUUAUGAGGGAGGUUGAUUCUUGGGAGUGA